AUGGCCACUGCCUUCGGUGUCUUCACCGGUAUUCUUAGUACCAUUAGCUUCCUUCAGAGCAACAUUCCAUCCAACGAUGGUAGCUCGAGCAAGGUCCGCGUCUUCGUCGGCCUCGACGGAACUCAAGGACUCACCAAUGCUGGAGGAGAUGCACCAGACAUCCGUCAAUUCAACAACAACCCCGAGUUUCUCGGGGCCAACUACGACCCAGGUUACAUCGGUAGCGGUACUUACAAGGAUAUCAGAAUCUCGCAGAAUAGACAGCAACCAGUCUACACUCUUCUGACUGCCAACAACGAUGCCAUCUGUAUUGCAUACUUGACUACUUACGCAUUUGCCGGGAACUGGGGCCACACCUGUGGUCAAGACUGGUACUACUCUGGAGUCUACCAGGACAACAAGGAACUAGAAUGCGUUUGGAUCGAUGGCAACGGCGACCGACCGGUCACGGCCUUCCACGUCAAGUGGCCCGAGUUCAACGAGAAUGGCUAUGCCACGACAGACAACAACAACAUCCAGAGCAAGUACUGUGACUCUCCCAACGCCUUGAACUUCCAGUAUGGCAACGACCCUGGCACCAUUUACUACAAGAGAGAUGCUGCUAGUUCAACUCGAUCCUAUCCUCCUCCUAUCGGACAACUCCAUCACAAAGCUCCCGUCGCCAGACGUUCCAUGCUUGACAACCGUCUGGUCAAGACCAGCAGACUCAGUCAAAGUGCUCGCACGCUCUGCGAAAGCGAGACCUCCUCGGGUCCGGAUUUUGUCAAUCUGGCCGAGGGUUUGUACUGUAACAUGCAGAAGAAAGAGCUCAUGCCGACUUGUACCGGAAUACUCGGCGAGACCUGUUUCGAUGUCGAGAGACUGGCCAUGAAGGUUGAUGGCAUCAUCGGUGGCUUGCUCAACUUUGUUAAGAUCAUCGACUGGGGCAAUGGAACUGAUCUGGCCGAUACUGCUGACAAAGCUUUCGAUAUUGAUUUGCUCUAG